GACACAGGCGACGUUGACGUGGUAACGUAGGGCCAGUGGGAGCGUAGAUUGCAGCCGAGGGGUGUACUUUUGCUAGUAGUGCGCGGCAGUGGGUCGCGUGGUCCGCCUAGGCGCGCGGUUUGGUUUUGGCACUUGCUGAGUGUGCCUGGAAGUGGGGAACAGAGACGGUCGUUGGGUAGAGCUGGGGGCUGCAGCGCCUGAGGACAGGGCUGCGGCCGUGUAUAGGGGAACAGCUGAGAAGGAGGGCCCUUGCCGGCAGGAUCCGAACCCGCUGUGGCCGGGGCUGGUCCCGCGGUGACCUGGGGCGGCCGCGAGAUGCUCGGGGCCCGGUGUCUGCUUCGAGCCCUGCGCUCCUGCUCCACUGCUCCCUGCCCCAGGCAUAGGCCUUCCGCCAGACUGAGCGUACGGGACGCUCUCGGGUCCCAGAACGCGAGUGGGGAGCGCGUUAAAGUUCAGGGAUGGGUUCGAUCAGUCCGAUCCCAGAAGGAAGUCUUGUUCCUACAUGUAAAUGAUGGGUCGUCUUUGGAAAGCCUUCAGGUUGUUGCCGAUUCAAACUUUGACAAUAGAGAAUUGACUUUUGGGAGUUCUGUAGAAGUCCUCGGGCAGCUGGUACAAAGCCCUUCCAAAAGGCAAAAUGUGGAACUGAAGGCAGAAAAAAUUGAAGUUAUUGGAAAUUGUGAUGCCAAGGCAUUCCCUAUCAAAUAUAAAGAGAAGCAUCCUCUGGAGUACAUGAGACAAUAUCCUCACCUUAGGUGUAGGACUAACGCUCUGGGUUCUAUAUUGAGGGUUCGCAGUGAAGCCACAGCUGCUAUUCAUUCCUUUUUUAAGAACAGUGGUUUUGUGCACAUUCAUACUCCAAUAAUUACAUCCAAUGACUGUGAGGGGGCUGGAGAGCUUUUCCGAGUUGAGCCUUCAAGCAAAAUAAAGUUACCUGAGGAGAAUUUCUUCAAUGUUCCUGCUUUCUUAACUGUAUCAGGACAGCUUCAUCUAGAAGUGAUGUCAGGAGCUUUUACUCAAGUGUUUACCUUUGGUCCAACAUUCCGAGCUGAGAAUUCUCAGAGCCGGAGACACCUGGCAGAAUUUUAUAUGGUAGAAGCAGAGAUUUCUUUUGUUGAGAGUCUUCAAGAUCUCAUGCAGAUUAUGGAAGGACUCUUCAAGACCACAACAAUGACUGUUCUUUCAAAUUGUCCCGAAGAUGUUGAACUCUGUCACAAAUUCAUAGCUCCUGGACACAAGGACAGAUUAGAACAUAUGCUAAAAAACAACUUUUUAAUCAUUUCUUACACGGAGGCCAUAGAGAUCUUACAGCGAGCAUCACAAAACUUUACCUUCACUCCAGAGUGGGGUGUUGAUCUACAAACUGAACAUGAGAAGUACCUGGUGAAGCACUGUGGCGACAUACCAGUCUUCGUCAUAAACUAUCCGUUAGCACUCAAGCCUUUCUACAUGAGGGAUAAUGAAGAUGGCCCUCAGCACACAGCCACAGAAGUAAUACAAUUGACUCUCCAUUCUGCCUGCCCAAGUCCAUCUUCAGUCAUUGCUACCUACAGCCCAUCUUCAUCUUCUCACUGAGGCAUCUGGAAGGCUCUUUCCUCAUUGUACCCAGUUGUUUUCAGAGGGAAAAUAAUGUCUAUAUCAGAAGGUAGAGAAAAGUUCAUAGAGUCUGAGACCACAAAUGUGUUUCCUUUGGUUUAUUUAGCAUUCUUUUUCUUUUGAUAAUUGAAUGUAAUGUUACUCCAUCAUGAGUAGUAGCCUGUGGGAAACUGAAUAAGGAGGCAUCCAGUUGUGUUUUCAUCAAUAUUUGUAAGUGUGCUCAGGUUGGUGGAAAGAGAAGUAGCAAUGGAAAGGACAUGACACUUUUUCCUGCAUAAAAGAGGUUAUGUAUCAAAAAGGUCUUGUUUCUAUCUAGCCUAUUUGUUGUUAUUGUUGUUUUAAUUCAAGAUCUGAGUUUUAUUUUUGGUACAUUGAUUGGAUUCAAAGAGUCAGAGUCAGAAGGGAGUAUCAUAAAUAGAAACCAGGGUUUGUUCAGAUUGAAUACUAACAGAAACUAUUUCUAGACAGCAUGUCACUGCAGCUGUGUGACUUAAGCAGAAUCAAAACUCACACCCAAGGAGGAGGAUGUGCCAAGAAGCAUCCCGGGCCUAAAAGAUGUAGCCAAAGUGAAAUAGGUUUUGUUUAAGGUAGGGGAAAUUAGGGGAACGUUUUACUACCUGGGGAGAGUGAAAGGAUAGCAGAGCCAAUGUCCUUCCAUUUAUUUCAAGUCUCCCAAGGAGCAUAGAAAAACAUUAGAGCUUUUUAGUUACAAAAGUGCUCAGAUUUGGUCAUCUUUAAAUUAAGAAGGCAUUUCACUAUGCAGCUGGUGAAUUCUCUGAUGACAGAGCUUGCUCUGGUUCCUGUUCCUUAUAGCUUAUUAUUCCCAGUAACUACCAGACCCACAGCUAUACUAUUCAUAUUUUCUGGUUCUACCUUCUGUUCCAUUUGAAUCCUAUAUUUUUCUUUCUUUUUUGGUACUGGGGGUUGAACCCAGGGGUGCUUUACCACUGAAGGAAUCCUAUAUUUUUUCAUAAAGUAUGGAUGGCCUUUAAUUCAAAAAAACAUUUAAAAAUUCAAGGUCGUGGCUGAUUUGGGGGUGUGAUGUAAUGAAAUUCCAGAAACCUCAUUAAAGACUAACAUAGGAAGAUUGAGUUACUUUGCUUUUAAACAGGAAUGUAGACAUAUGCUUAUAUAUGUAUAUUUCCUAAAGGAAGUUUCGGACACUUGCAGCUUCAUGCUCCAGAGGAAAGAUGGCGCUAUGACUGGCUUAAGACUUGCCCUAAGAGUGGUAUACAACAACCGACUGGGCAGAAAAGGAAUGCUAACAGUAGUCCAGUUUUAGAGUCACCUUUGCAGGUGGCUGAUUCUCUAAGCACACUGAAAUUGCCUAGAAGAAUCAUUAGUAGUCAAUCAGUAUUUUUUGAUAGUGGCUAUAAUCUGUAUGAUUAUUCAUCAUACUUUAUCUGUACAUUUCUAGUGGCACUUAAUAGCAUAACUAUGAAUCAUGUUUCUGGUUAGUUAUGAUAAAAUCUAAUGUCUACUGCAACACUUUUAUUCAUCCAUGAACCUUUCCUACUUUACCUCAUCAGAAUUAAUUCCUCCCAUCUGCACUGCGUGGUCAGUAUCAGCCUCACUUAAACCUCAGAACUGCCAGCCCAUAAAGGCAAAUUGUAAUCCCCAGCAAGUAGCCAAGCCAGCUUGCUUAUUGCCAACCAUUUUGCAUUCAUCCAGCCUCCCAAACACUUGGCAAACCACAUCCAAGUUUUUCUCAUCACUUCUCCAAUUUGUAUGACUCCCUCCACAUUUUGCAUUUUGUGUAUACUUAUAUCUUGUGUUGUAUUGUAUCUGUAUGUGCCUUUUAUCUCUGCUCGAGCCCUUGGAGAAACAGGUAGUGUCUGAAAUAAUUAGCCCAAUAGAUAUCAGGAAGAGAUACAGGCAGAAGAAUCCUACUUGGAAUCUCAGUCCUAACUGAAAGAUAUGGAAAUUUGAGGGGAUCAUUCUAAUAAUCUUUAGAGAAAGAAGUAUUUUUUAUAUCAUACCAGAAGAAAAUGAAUCUCUGUAUAUACAAACUGUGUUUUUAUUUGUAGUUGAGAUAUAUAUAAAAGGUCUCAGAAAGUGGAGGCUUCUAGAUAGAUUGGAAGAGCAAAAAGUAUUAGAAUAUGGUUGAGGGAAAGUAAACUUAAGUAAACGAGGAAAGAAGAAUCAUAUAUUAGAAGAAGAGAGGAGAACAAGGCCUUUGUGCAUUUUUUGCCCCACAAGUAAAUCUCUACUUGCUCAAAGAGAAAUAUUUGUGUUUGGUCAUAGAACGUUUGAGGCACUAUAAAGGAAUGCCUUAAUUAAAAGGUACAAAUGUAUGUAUAAAGAGGAAGCAACUUCACUAAGUCAUAGAAACAUAGAAUUUCCUCCACUUGAGUUAGGCAUGGUGGUGCAUGGCUAUAAUCCAGGUAAUUUAGGAAGCUGAGGCAGGAGAACCACAAGUUCAAAGCCAGCCUAAGCAACUUAGUGAGACUGUCUCAAAAUAAAAAACAAAAGGGGCUGGAGAUGUGGCUCAGUGGUUAAGUGCCCCUGGAUUCAAUCCCUGAUCCCCCCCCCCAAUUUUUUUUUACCCACUUCAGAAUUUUCAGACCAUCUAGAAGAAGGACAUAGAUGACAAAUGUGUUUCUCUUACAUACCACAAAAUUAGUGUCAAGUAAAGCUACAAUAGUGAUAUGGAACUUUUGUCUUCUAAAAUUUUUAUUCAACUUAAAUAUUCACUUUGAUAAGUUACUUCAAACUAAUAAGUAUCUCCAAGACGAUGUGAAAGAAAAUAGAUAAACUGACAUUCUGGUCUUAAUUCUAAGGGAUAAAGAAGAAUUUGCUGGGACAGUAGAAGUAAAAGGGUCCAAGUAAAUGAGGAAAGAGCAACAUGGCAAACUCUUUUUCUGUACACAAAUAGUUUCUACUUGUGCCUCAGAGAUUAUAUUUCCGUGCCCUGUUGACAUGAGCUUGCCCUGCUGCAUGAUGAGCCAAAGUGACAAUUGUACAUUACUUCUAGACGAAUGCUUAUAGCAUAUAGUCUUCCCUGCUCUUUUUUAUGUCUGCCACAAGACUUCAGAAAGAGGCUAUUUUGUCAGCUUCAGGCCAGGAUGGAAAGGUUAAAAAAAAAAAAAAAAAGUUCAUUGUUGUAAACUAGUGAUUCUUUUUUUUUUUUUAGAGAGAGAGAAUGUUAAUAUUUAUUUUUUAGUUUUUGGCGGACACGACAUCUUUAUUUGUAUGUGGUGCUGAAGAUCGAACCCAGGCCACACGCAUGCCAGGCGAGCGCGCUACCGCUUGAGCCACAUCCCCAGCCCCCAAAACUAGUGAUUCUUAAUCAGGAAUUAUUAUGUCUUCCUCUUUCCAGCCUCAGAGGACAUUUAGUAAUGCCUGGAGACACUUUAGUUCUCAUAACUAGAAUAGGCAACUGGCAUUUGUAAAUAGAGACCAGUUAUAUUGUUAAGUAUCCCACAGUGGCCCAGACACAGUGGCUCAUACCUGCAAUCCCAGCUACUCAGGAGGCCAAGGCAGGAGGAUCACAAGUUUGAGGUCAGCUUGGGCAACUUUGACCUUGACUCAAAAAAUAAAAGGGCUAGCUGGGUGCAGUGGUGCCCACCUGUAAUUCCAGCAGCUCUGGAGAUUGAGGCAGGAGGAUCAGGAGUUCAAAGCCAGCCAUAGCAAAAGAGACGGGCUAAGCAACUCAGUGAGACCCUGUCUCUAAAUAAAAUACAAAAUAGGUCUGGGGAUGUGGCUCAAUGGUUAAGUGUCCCUGAUUUCAAUCCCUGGUACCCAAAUAAAUAAUAAGGGCUGAGGAUGUAGCUCAGUGGUAGGGUACCCCUGGGUUCAAUCCCCAGUACUGGGGGUGGGGGAUAGAAUCUCACAGUGCAUGAUUCAGGUCUUCACAACAAAGGAGUGUAUGGCCAAAAAUGUUACUAAUGCUGAGACUGAGAAACUCAUGUAAGCUUUAGAGUGGUUUUUGUUAUUUGUUUUGUUUUGUUUUUUAGUGGGGAGGGAGUUGUUUUGUUCUUUGGUUUGGGUUUUAUUUUGUUUGUUUUGGAAUAGGUAAUUGAACCCAGGGGCACUUUACCACUGAGCUAUAUCCCCAGUCCUUUUUUAUUUUUUGAGAUGGGAUCUGACUAAGUUGCUGAGGUUAGCCUGAAACUUGUGAUCCUUCCAAGUCACUGGGAUUAUAGGCAUGUGCCACUGCACCUGGCACUUUGGAGAUUUUGUAUGAUGACAGUAUAAUCUAGCCUAUGCUGAUUAAUACAGCAACUGUCACCUUAAUUUUAAAAUAGCCAAAGCAGAAAUAGUUGGAUAUAACUAAUUAUGUAACCUAGUAAUCAGGAAGGCAUGAUAGGAAGAAAUUUUUUUUUAAAUUAUGUAUAGGUCAGGCUGGGGUUGUAGCUCAGUGGUAGAGUACUUGCCUUGCAUGCAUUAGGCCCUGGGUUCGAUCCUCAGCACCACAUAAAAAUAAACAAAUAAAAAUAAAGAUAUUGUGUCUGUCUACAACUUAAUUUGAAAAUUUUUAAAAAAUAUUUAUGAGUAUCAAUCAUACCAGGGCAUAAGAUUUUGGUACUAACUCAAAAGGUUCAGAAGUUUCCAGUUCUACUCUAGUUGCAAAUAUUCCAGAUAAAUAAAAACCAGACAGAAAGCUAUAAAACCAGUAUAGUUACACAGUGAAUUAUCCCAUAAACCCAAAUGUUAAAAGAGGUUUAUAAUCAAAGAAAAAUAGAUGUCUUUUAAACUUCUUUAAAAAUAGCAUUUAAAAAACUAAGAUCCAGAAUAGCCUAACUUUCUGCCAGAAGUACUAAGAUCCCAGAGGAGUUUUUGUUUGUCUUAGUUAUAUUCUCAGCAAGACCAAGCAAGAAAGGGUUCUCUUGUUUGAUGCUGAAGGACUACAUAGAGAAAGCAGAAAAAAAUGUCAUUCAUCACUUCAUCAGUGGCCGUUGGCCUCUUAUUUAGCUAUAUAGCCAUUGGCCUUUUAUUUAUCCAUGUCUCAAAGCAAAAUAUUAGGAAAUAAAGAUGCCAGUCUUUCUGUGUUCAUAAAAACUCCCUUUGGCCUGGUGCAGUGGUACAUGCCUAUAAUCCCAGCAGCUGCAGGAAGAUCACCAGUUCAAAGCCAGCCUCAAAAAAAUCGAGGUGCUAACCAACUCAGUGAGACCCUGUCUCUAAAUAAAAUACAAAAUUUGACUAUGGAUGUGGCUCAGUGGUCAAGUGCCCCUGAGUUCAAUCCCUAGUACCAAAAAAAAAAAAAAAA